GUGGGCCAAGCUUGUGGUUUUUCUCCUUUCCUGAGCCUUUGUGUAUCUACUAAUGAUUAAUCCCUGCAGCCAUUUUUCCAGGGACAAAGAGGGAGGGCAGGCCAAGGCUGCCCGGGGAGCCAGGGGACCCCACCCCUUAGGUUUCGGCAUCCCCUCCCUACUCCAAGAGCCCCACCGUUCACCUUUCCCGUGGGCGGCCAGUGAAGGGGAAGGCAGGGACAGGACACGUUAGGACAACUAUCAGAGUUGGCUCGGGGAGCCUGGAAGUGGAUCCCUGGAGAGAGGAGGCAGCCAGGCGCAGCCUGGGCAGGCAGGCACCAAGCUCAGGUAGCCCCCUGCCCAUGAUGUAUGAGAAAAGGUCUUAUACAGGCUAUGGCCACCCCAGUUCCCGCUAUGACUACCCACCUCCCUCGGGCCCUCCUGGCUCCUUCUACCUGGCAGAUGUCCCUCCCCAGCAUUUCUACCAGUGGCGGUCUCCUCCAGGUAUUGUUCGCAUCCUGCAGGGAAUUGUGGUCAUCCUGUGUUUGGUUAUUUUUGCCUGUGUGGCCUCCACCUUAGCCUGGGACUACUAUGGCAGUGGCAGCGGCCUCCUGGGUUAUGGGGGUGGCCUGGGAAGCUACUACAAUGGCUACUAUGGUGGCUACUAUGGCGGCUAUUAUGGCGGCCUGACCAACCCACGGGCAGCCAAUGGCUUUAUGAUUGCUAUGGCCGUGCUCUGCUUCCUGGUGACCCUGGGGCUGGUCAUAGCUGGUCUGUCCAAAGCAUCAGGUGCCCGCUCCCGCCGCUUCUACCUGCUGGUCGCUGUACUCAAUGGCCUGCUGGCCUUCGUGAUGCUCAUCGCCUCCAUUGUUUACGUCGUUGGGGUGAACCCCCGGGCAGGGCUGGGGUCCAGCUCUGGGAGUCUCUACUACAACCAGAUGUUGAUGCUCUGCAACCAAAUGAUGUCGUCAGUGUCAGGGGGAAUUAUGAACCAGUACCUCUACCACUACUGCAUGGUGGACCCCCAAGAGGCUGUGGCCAUCGUCUGUGGCUUCCUCACCGUUGUCCUCCUUUGUGUCAUCUGUUACUUCGCUCAGAAGACCCGUCACAAGAUCUGGAAGUAUGGGAAGCCCAACAUCUUCUGGGACAAGCCCCUGGCUACAGCAGAGGGUCCCAAUGUGGAGGAGUGGGGAUGUCAGAACUUGAAUCCGGGUCUUUCGAUGGAUCCAAGACCAGCUCUCUCUCGGUUAUUGCCACGCUGCCUCCAUAGAGAAAAGGUGAAGAAUGUAUCUGGUGAUGCUGGCACUCAGGAUGAGACUGCCACAUUGGCAUACUCAGAGAAGCCCAUCAGCCCCCUGACCAGUGCUUUCCUGCCAGCCCAGGAGAAUGGCUAUGGCCACUCAACCCCUUCCAGCCCCAGCGCCCCGCCUCCUGAAGGGACCAGUCCUCCAGAAGAAAAAGACAAAGGAUCUGUGAGUCGGCCCCCUGUGAGGCGUGGCCAUCGCCAAAGACCACGUCCAACAGGCCUGGAAGAUGCACAAUAUGAGACAGAUUAUACCACAGCAGCAGAAUCCAGUGAAGAGCAGGACCGGGAUGACUGGGCCAGCCUCUACCCACCUAUCACCUCGGAUGCCAUCCGCCAGACCUACAAGGCAGAGUUCAACAGUGACCUUCAGCGGUACAAAGCCCUGUGUGCUGAGAUGGAUGACACUAGUGCCCAGCUCAGGCAGCUCAGUCACGAGCUGGACUGCCUCCCGGAAGGCAGCUUGCGCUACCAGGGUGUUGCGGAGGAAUACAACCGGCUGAAGGACUUGAAGAGGAGUCCAGAAUACCAAAGCAAGAAACUGGAGACCCAGAGCCUUCGAGACAAACUUUGCCAUAUCAAGCGCAUGGUUGGUGCCUAUGACCAGGUCCGAAACUAAUGAGGAGGGUCAGGCCCUCUGGGAACUGGGUUCCCAGGCCCUUGGUCUAGGAACUGUCUCUUUACAUGCCCAGGGAAAGAUUGGGUGCCAUGGAUCCUGCCCUCCCCAACCCUGUAGUGGCGAGCUAGCCUCCCCAAGUUUUCCUACGAACUACUUUGCUGGGCCAGCAGCCACGGUCCCUCAGUGUCCAGGACAGAGGCAAUGGGAGCCAGAAAAGAUGGUCCUAGCCCCAGGAGGGUUGAGGGUGGGAGGGGAAGGCUCAGCAGCCUGAAGCUGAUGUAUAUACCAAUAAAGUCUGCUCUGCACUGUG